GCUGUGCUCUGUCUCUCCGCAGUUGUUGUUCCACUGCAGAAACUCAGAACUGACGGAGUAAAAUGGCCAGAACUAAACAGACCGCCCGUAAAUCCACCGGAGGCAAAGCUCCCAGGAAGCAGCUGGCUACCAAAGCUGCCCGGAAAAGCGCCCCGGCCACCGGUGGAGUCAAGAAGCCUCACCGCUACAGGCCUGGUACCGUGGCUCUCAGAGAGAUCCGUCGUUACCAGAAGUCCACCGAGCUGCUUAUCCGCAAGCUGCCCUUCCAGCGCCUGGUCAGGGAGAUCGCUCAGGACUUCAAGACCGACCUGCGCUUCCAGAGCUCCGCCGUCAUGGCUCUGCAGGAGGCCAGCGAGGCUUACCUGGUCGGCCUGUUCGAGGACACCAACCUGUGCGCCAUCCACGCCAAGAGGGUCACCAUCAUGCCCAAAGACAUCCAGCUGGCCCGCCGCAUCCGAGGAGAGAGGGCUUAGACUCUCCUCCACCACACAACGGCUCUUUUCAGAGCCACACACCCGCACUUAAAGGCA